AUGACCGGAGCAGUGCCACCACAGCCGCCGCUAGAAUCAAAACGCCCCGUUUCGAAACCGCAGCACAUCAUGGUGUUUCCAUAUGCAGCACUAGGCCACUUGCUCCCUCUUCUAGACUUAACCCAUCAGCUCUGUCUUCAUGGCGACUUCACAGUCUCCAUCAUCGUCACUCCCAAAAACCUUCCUUAUCUCUCUCCUCUUCUCUCCGCUCAUCCAUCCGUCGUCACCGCCAUCACUUUCCCUUUCCCUCACCAUCCUUCACUCCCUUCCGGCGUUGAAAACGUCAAAGACCUCGGUUGUUCCGGAAACCCUCUGAUCAUGGCUGCUCUUCGUCAGCUUCGAGAGCCUCUCAUCAACUGGUUAACUUCUCAUCCUGAUCCUCCCGUCGCUCUCAUCUCUGACUUCUUCCUUGGAUGGACCAAAGAUCUCGGCCUUCCUCGCUUCGCUUUCUUCAGCUCCGGAGCAUUCUUAGCUUCGACUCUCCAUAUUUUCUCUGAGAAGCCUCUUAUCUUUCAAACAACAGAGCCGAUCUGUUUCACGGACCUUCCUCGCUCCCCUGUUUUCAAAACAGAGCAUCUCCCUUCUUUUGUCCCGGAAACUCCAUUAUCGCAAGAAUGUAUCAAAGACACGACGAUGAAUUUCUCGAGCGAUGGUUGUAUUUUCAAUUCUUGCGAGUGUCUUGAAAAGGAAUACAUGGAGUACGCGAAGGAGAAAGCUGGUCAUAACCGAGUUUUCGGUGUCGGUCCGCUUUCUUUAACCGGGUUAGGUCAAGGAAAUUCCGAAUCUAACGUAGACAGCAAGGCGCUGCUUAGUUGGCUCGACGGAUGUCCAGACGAGUCCGUGCUCUACAUCUGUUGUGGAAGUCAGAAAGUGUUGACGAAAGAGCAAUGCGAUGCUCUGGCUCUUGGUCUUGAAAAGAGCAUGACCCGGUUCGUUUGGGUGGCGAAAACCGACCCGGUACCUGAUGGGUUUGAGGAUCGGGUUGCGGGUCGGGGAAUGGUUGUUAGAGGGUGGGCUCCUCAGGUGGUUGUGUUGAAUCAUGUGGCGGUUGGAGGGUUUUUGAGCCAUUGUGGAUGGAACUCGGUGCUUGAAGCGAUGGCUAGUGGUAAGAUGAUCUUGGCAUGGCCCAUGGAAGCAGACCAGUUUGUGGAUGCGAGGUUGCUUGUUGAGCAUAUGGGUGUGGCGGUUCGGGUUUGUGAAGGUGGUAAGACUGUGCCGGAUCCGAAUGAGUUCGGUCGGGUCAUUGCUGAGACGAUGGGUGAGGUUGGUCGCGAGGUGCGUGAUCGGGCUAAGGAGAUGGGACGGGAGGCAAGAGCUGCGACUGAAGCAGGAGGAAGCUCUAGUGUAGAUUUACAAAGACUUGUUAAAGAAUUGAGCUCUCUUUAA